GAGAGAAAGACAGAGAGAUUUUCGUUUGAACAAAUCUUAAAAUUGCAGUAACUUUUGUUCCCUUUCCCGGUUAUCUAUCUAUCUAUCUGUCUAUCUAUAGUUUAAUACCUUUUUAUCUCUUUCCCUUAUCUCUCGCUCUCUGCAAAUUCAACUCUUCCACCAUUGGAUCUGGGGUUCCUUCCCCUCUCCACAAAGGUUCAGUCCGUUCCCGGGAUUGCAUUUUUGUUUCUUUUGUUUUUGGAGUUGUUGAGCUCGUGAAGGUAAUCUGAAUUGGGAUUGAGUUGUAUUGCAAGGUGUCUUCGUGAUGAUUUAUGGUCAAUUAAGCCCUUAGUACAUAACAAAAGUUGAGGAGGUCAUUUUUUUAUGAUGGGUUGAGUUCAAGGAUUAAGUUUCUGGUGGCAGUUUAGAGGAAAUUUUGUAGGGUAUCAAGCUGGGAGAAGUUGGAUUAGGUUUGUGGCUUUGGGAAUUGGGAUGGAUCGUAGAAGUGCAAGGGAUAAGGAUGUUGAAGUUGAUCUUGAAAGUGGAUUGCCACUAAUUGGAGAUGAUUCAAAGAAAGUCUCUACUCCAACUACUGCAAAACAAGGAAAGGCAUUGUUUGCUAAGCUUUCUGGUGGGUUGGUUGGAGGUCCUGUUAAAGGUGAAGUUGGGCCAAGUUUGUGCAGCAAUGAAUCAAAUUUAAGUGAAGUUUCUGUGGAUGUGAUGAAAGUGACAAACAACCCAAUUACAGGGCAAGAUUUAGUGAGCAAUGCAGUGCAGACCCCGGUAAAGGAGAAACGCAAAAAGGCCCGUAAUAAAAAGGCUCCCAAACCUCCAAGACCUCCACAAGCUCUGCAGUUGGAUGCUGCUGACCAUAAGCUAAUCAGGGAGAUAUCUGAAUUUGCCAUGUUGAAGCGUGCAAGAAUAGAGCGUAUGAAAGCCUUGAAGAAGAUGAGAAUGGCUAAAUCAUCAUCUUCCAGCAGCAGCAGCAGCAUUUGGGCCAUGGUUUUCACUGUUGUCUUCUGUAUUGUGAUAAUAUUCCAAGGUAUGUCAUCUGGGAAAAGCUCUGUGUCAAGUUUCCAGGGAUCUCCUCUAUCUGCUGGAGGAGCAGAGGGUGAUUUAAUUUCGGUUCAGUACCAACUCACUCCAUCCGCAAGUGACUCAAAUGCACCUGGUUCAGAGUCUCACCAUUUUGUGCAGCAGGUAGCAGGUUCAUAUUUGCCUGAAAAACUGAGGAGAGAUUCAGGUUAAUGCAGUUUUAUUUUGCAAAAAGAAUGCCAUUACCUGUUUUUAACGAAGAAAAGAUAAGAUGGCUUAGUGGUCUUGUGCUUCACAUUCAAGUUCUUUUUCUUGUCUUCAAAUAUAUAUUUAUGUAUUGGUAAUUUAUCCCCUUUUAUGUAUAUUAUUCAAUGUUGGGGGGUGAGUUAAAUUACCAUAACAUAGUUGCCACUGUUCUUCAUUGGCUUGCCAAAUACGUGUUGUUACCUUCUACAUUUCAGCAACUUUUUGUUGCUUAUAUGCUCGAUGAAAUAUUGAGUUGGGAGUUUUUGCUUUUGAAGCUCAAACACAUAAUGUGAUCCUAAUAAUUAUUUACUGGUGUCCUUUUGUCAUGGCUUAAUUAAGACAACUAGUAUAUAAUUGUAUU